AUGUUCGGCCUGAGUCUAUUUGUGGGCGUCCUUGUCCUUCGGCUGGGUUUCGUAGGAGCAAAAAGAAACGUCCUUCUCAUUCUGGGUGACGAUGCAGGUUUUCAAAUGGGAGCUUAUAACAACACCGCCUGCAAGACACCAAAUUUUGACAAACUAGCUGCAAGAAGUGUUCUGUUUAAACACGGAUAUACCUCCGUCAGCAGCUGUUCCCCGAGCAGAGCUGUACUUCUAAGCGGUCUUCCGGAGCACCAGAACGGCAUGUAUGGAAUCCACAGUGCAUGGCACCAUUUCAACUCCUUCGACAACGUCAGGAGUCUUCCCGUCAUCCUCGACGACGCUGGCAUCAGGACCGGUAUCGUAGGCAAGAAACACAUUGGUCCAGAUGAGGUGUACAAGUUUGACUAUGAACAAACGGAAGAAACACAUGAUGCUAAUCAAAUAGGAAGAAAUAUCACCUAUAUGAAGCAGUACAUCGAGGAAUUCCUCAAGGAAAAUGACACAAGGCCCUUCUUUCUCUAUAUUGGUUUCCACGAUCCGCAUCGAUGUGACCAGAUUCCCAAAUAUGGUGCAUUUUGUGAGAGGUUUGGAAAUGGAGAACCUGGAAUGGGGGUUAUCUCCGAUUGGAAGCCUAUUAAAUACGGCCCUGAUGACGCCAUCGUUCCCUAUUUUCUGCCGGACACGCCCGCGACCAGACAGGACAUUGCUGACAUGUACACGACCUUCAGCCGAAUGGACCAGGGCAUAGGUCUUUUUCUCAGUCUUCUGGAAGCAGCUGGGUACAUGGAUGACACUCUCAUUCUCUUCUCUUCUGACAAUGGCAUCCCUUUCCCGGGCGCCAAGACAAAUCUGUAUGACCCGGGGAUGGGGGAACCAAUGAUGAUAUCAUCCCCACUCCACAAGGACAGUUGGGGGAAAGUAACCGAGUCAAUGGCAAGUUUGAUGGAUUUCACGCCGACAGUAUUAGACUGGUUCAAUGUCUCCUACCCUAAAUACAAGAUAUUUUCGGAUGUCGUAGAGCUCUCAGGCAAAUCCUUACUUCCGGUCCUUGCGAACCCAAGCAAUCUGACCUAUGACCACGUGUUCUCAAGUCACACUUUACAUGGCGUUCACCAGCAUUAUCCAAUGCGAGUACUCAGAACAUCCCAAUACAAACUCAUUCACAACAUUUCCCCUGAUACCCCGUAUCCUAUAGCAACAGAUGUAUACUUCUCUCCCACCUUCCUUGACCUUCUCAAUAGGUCAAGGUCAAGUGUUGAACCUUGGGUAUGGUUCAAGUCCAUGUCGGAAUAUUAUUAUCGGUCCGAAUGGGAGCUUUACGAUAUCAGGGCUGAUUUCAAGGAAAGGAUAAAUUUGGCCUUGGAUUCCUCGCACCAAGCAGUGCUGAAAUCCCUCCAGAAGCAGCUGUACGAAUGGCUGUGGGAGACCGAUGAUCCCUGGGUGUGUCUGCCUCGGACCUUGAUCAGCGGUAAACAGUGCUAUCCUCUGUACAAUGAGAGAGAAGCGGAUGAGAUAAAUCGCUAUAGGCGAUGAAUCAAACAAAUACAUGUAGAUAUAUUUUCCAACACGUAAAAUCAAUAUGUCAGAGUAUCACACAAACACGGCCCUGAAUAUAAAUGGCUGAGUUGGGCUAAAAAUCAUACGUGUUGCGAUACUUUUGUCCAUGUCUCUUAAGAUAGUGCAUCCUUGCUUUAAAAGACGAUUAGAUGAGAUAAUUGAGCCAAAGUGAUAAAUCAGAUAGCUUGAUAUAUUUUCCAACAAAAUAUAUUGAUGUAUGCAAAUUUUAAUUGUACAUCUUUGGUCUAA